AUGUUUGUUUCAAUGUUUGAUUUUAUCAAUUUCUGGUUUUCAACAUAUUAGCAUUUAUUUGAGAUUAAAAGAGUUUGAUUAUGAUGAUGAACAAAAUUGUUUUAAUUUCCCUCUUCUUACCAACGGCAUUUCAAUUGACAUGGGCAAGUUGCAAUAAUUCCCUGAUAACUCAGAAAGCGUAUUUUGAUGUUGCCAUUGGCAAUGAAUACUGGGGCAGGAUAGUGGUUGGCUUGCUUGGAGAUACGACCCCCAUCACAGUUCUCAACUUUGCAACUUUUGCCAGCAACCAUAACAACAAAGGCUACAGCGGAACAAUAUUUAACAGAGUUUAUACAAAUAUGGCCAUUCAAGGUGGCGACAUUCUGUUCAACAAUGGGUCGGGAUCAACCAGCAUCUUCAACGGAGGCGAAGAUUUCCCCGAUGAAAAUUUUUAUUUCUCAAACGACAGAGGUUUCAUCGGAAUGGCCAAUCGAGGUGCAAACACAAAUGGAUGUCAGUUCUUCAUAAACUUGGCACAGAACACCUUCCUCAACAACAUAUACGUCGUCUUCGGCAAGGUCCUCUCUGGUCUCGACGUCGUGGACAAAAUUGCGAGCCUGCCGUUGGACGACAAGGGUGUGCCGUUGGUGCCGGCCACAAUAGUUGGCUCUGGAACCUUCCAUCCGAAGGAACCAUUCCCAGUUCCUAUCGGGACAUAUUUUUGAAGAAAUAAAUUACAAUUUAUUUUAUCUAGUACACUUUUAAAAUUGAAAUUAAUUAAAUAGACUUUAUUUUGUACAAAAUUUCUCAUUUAAAAAUAAAAAUGUGUUUCUUAUUGAAAUAUGUAUAUUUUAAAAACAAAAAUAAAUAUUUAUAAUGAAAUGGUACAUUAUACUGCAAUAAAAUACAGUUUUUUCCUUACUCUUCUUAAUGCAGUCCUGUCAAACGCAGUGCUGCUUCCAUGUUACGUUAUUCUAUACUUAUAUAAAAAUCGAUCAUAUAUAACAAAUUGUAUCGUUAAUUAGUUUCACAAUAUUCUUUAAACUAUUCAACUGUGCUUAGCAUCAAAAGGCAUGAUUUAAUUUGAGUAAAUUAAAUUUUAGUGUAGUUUCAAAAUGUACAAAACUUCCAAACG